GUCACAUUGCUGUGGAUGGACUGGUAUCAAGAAGUUUGCAGCUUUACUUUAUUCUUUCUUGAUCCAUGCUAUACACUGUCAGGCUAACUUAUGAAGGGUGAAAACAAAUCCAAACUUCAGAUGUCAAACCCCUUUGGAGGUUUCGUUUCUUGCAAUGAUUUGAAGAGGAUGAUCUUAAUGCUGAUGCUUCUCAUCUUGAAAACAGGUAGGCAGCAAAAUGAUCUCUAGAUUCUUUUUUGGAAGAAAUUUAUUCCAUUGGAUAAUUAUUAUCAAUAAUAUGUAUGCAUAACUCACCAAGCAGGGACUUGUAACUGGAAAAUGAUCAAUCAAUCAAACAUUUUUUUUAAAAGCAGUUUUCAUACAUAGAAUGUAGUAAGUGCUGUCCAAUCACGCAGGAUAGUAAUGAACAAUGAAAUAAAAUAAAGACAAAUAUAAAUGUUGCAUCAUCUAGAAAUGUGAGGACAUGUUUAGCAGACUACCACAGCAUUUUUAAGAGAUUCAGUCUCACAUGAGUCAUGCUUUGAUUGCAACCUAAUAUCAACUUAUGCUGGUCUCAGUUCAGAAAGUGAUCGACUAAAGAAAAAGAUUUUGCUAUGUCUAACAAGGAGAAGCAGGGAGGGCACAAAGAGCUUUUCCUGCCCUGAGUUAUGACUGUCAGGGUAGCAGGUCCGUACCCUUCAGCAGUAGACUCCAAGCAUUAGGGCAACGUCCUUACAAUUAUCUACAUUUAAGGUGAGCUGUUUUGAGUUGAUGUUAGGAUAUCUAACACAGGAUAGAAGCAUUUAGAAAUAUUCACCGUUCAUCACGACUUGGAUUGGGAUUAAACUUUUUGUUAUUAGUAAAUGCAUACAACAAAACCUUAUCCAAACUGACUUAAAACAAUGUAUAAUGACUCGAAAUCAUUAAAAUAGUCAUCAUAAAUAGUCAUCCCAUAAAACAGUGAUUCAGUUUUUAAAAACAGAGAAUACUGCACUUAACUCCUACUGUUGUGUCAAACACACUACAAAGGAUGCAGAAGGUUUAGCCAGUUAUGCUUCACAGAGAAAUCAUAAAAAUACGCCGACGCCAACACAAAUGUGUCUGCUGUGUUACUGCUUCAUAAGCAAAUGUUCUCUGAAGGCUCACUGUGUCUGAUGGAAGUCAUGACAUGAAAGUUAAUCAGAUCCUCUUAGAGCAGUUUGCCUCUGUGCUUCUUGUUAUUCUGUUAGUUUUGCAGCAUUCAGUCGUACAUCUUUACUCGUGACCGUUUGAUCUCUCUGCAGAAAUACUAAGAGCUGAUUGGUCAGUGACUUUUGAAAACCCAAACCCCUGUGCUGUAAAAGGAUCAUCGGUGCAGUUUAGGUGCUCAUACAACUAUGAAGAUGGACAAACUGUUAAAAAGACUGCGUGGUAUAAAGGGGUAUCAAAUAAUGGCUCAUGGGUACGUGUGAAGCUCUCUGACCUUCCUUCAUAUGACAAUCGCUCUGAAUACGUUGGAGACAAUCAGCAUGACUGUGGCCUGGCUCUUCAUGACCUACUGCUGAACGACACUGGAUAUUACUACUUCAGGUUUGACACAGAAAAAUUUGGCUGGAAGAGUAAAAAAUCUGUGUAUCUCUCUGUUACAGGUAAGUUUGUACCAAAUUCUGAGUUAUCUUACCUGAAAGAUGCUCCCCUUGUCAAACCAUAAUGUUCUCUGUCUUUAACCGGUUGAUUUGAAGAGCCGAGAGCCCGAGUUUACCCUGACACAGUGAAGACUGGGGACGAGGUGACUCUUGAAUGUGAAACAUCCUGCCAACUUCACAGCACAGUCUGGUACAAAGAUGGACGUCAAGUAGCCAAACCCAGCUUCCGGGCACAGGCAGAGGAUGCUGGGAAAUAUGUUUGUGCUGUUCAAGGGCAGGAGUCAGUGCGUUCAGACCCUGUAGCUCUGGAUGUACAUUGUAAGUAAAUAAAUCAUCUGAUUUUGGAGCUGAAGACACACAUCACAAAUUCUUUUGAAUUUUGAAAUUUUUAAAAAGGAGAUAAGACAGCGGCUUGUUAACUUCAUAUAAACUUAUGACUGAGGUCUGCCGCUCUAUCAAAAUCAGGGCCCAGUUUUUCAAAAGGUUCAAUCUGGAUAAAAUUUAUCUGGAUUUCGUAAUCCCUUUUUUUCCCCUUUUUUUGGCUAUCUAUGAUCACGUAAUCCAUCUUUCUUUUGAGCCGUUUUUUUCAAAGCAACAUCAGAUUGGAUCAAUCUGAUCCGGAUAGAAACUUUUCAGGAUCACCAAAUCUGGAUAACCAUUCUGCCAGAACAAGCAAACAGGAUGUGCUACAAUGGACGCAAUAGUUAAACACUAUUUCUGAUCUGGAUUUGUUUUGGAUUUCAAAAACCAGUGAUGCCAUGGCCAUUGCUUUGUUAUUCUGUUUUAUCAUUGCAUGCAUCACUGAAAAAUAAUCUGAGAACAAAAAAAUAAUUUUGAUUGUGAUGAAUACACAUUGAUUAGUGAGAUAAUUAAACAUGUUAUUUGUGGUCAAUAAUGACAGCUGUUUGGGGGAUUGUUUUAUGAGGCGAAACUCUUUCUACUUUGCUGUAGGCCUAUACUAAAAAGCUGAAUGCAUUAUAGCCUACUUAAUCACUGUAGCCUGAUGGAUGAACAAAUCAAAUUAAAACCUUAUGGAUAAAUGGGAUAUCUUGUACGCUAUACUGCAUGAUCCAAAUAUAUUAUUAUUUGAUACAAUUUAAAAGUUCAUCACAUUCUGGGCCUGAAAUCCACGCUGAAUCCACCCUUCUGAUGGGAUCAGUUUAAUCCAGAUUUUUUGGAUCAAAGUGAUCCCAAUCCUACUACAAAGUUCUGAAAAACCCACACUAAAAGUUUGAUCCGGAUCAAAACCAAGAUUGGGUUACUCGAUCCAAUUCGAUUCCAUAAUCCAUUUUUUCUUUUGAAAAUCCCAUUUUUAAGAUUUGAUUCAAUCCAUUGUCCAAAAUACAAGCAGAGUACUGUUAAAAAAACGGGCCUAGCAGAUUAGCAUGACCCUCUUAAAGAUUGAUUCGCCAAAAUGUCAAAGAUAAAACCUCUGAAUAGGUGAAUUUAAUCAGCUGUUGUGUUUCAAUUACAGAUCCUCCAAUGGAUGUGUCACUUAAGGUGAAUUAUCGCGGACUCCCAGGAGAAGACAGUUGAGUGAAUCUGACCUGCAGCAGCUCUGCUAACCCUGCAGCUGUAAACUACACCUGGUUCAUCAGUACAGCUUCUCACAACUCCAGCUCUCUGCUCCAGGUGGGCUCAGGACAGAUGCUGACUGUGGAGGCGUCCCAUAUUGGACCCUACCUCUGCCAGGCCAGGAACACAGUUGGAGAGAACAUCUCAGCUGAGGUGCUGCUAACACCGAGCGCAGAAGAACAUGGUGAGUGUCCCUUUACAGUCAUAGAUGGUAAACAAACAGUGAAGAGUUUCAAGACUUAUCUUUGUCUUUGAUUAAGAGUCUAAGUGUUUUUUUCAUCAUUAGAUAAUCAAAUUUCUUGUUGAAUUUUUCUCACAGGAGUUUGGACCUGGUCCUCUUUUAUCUUCAUUUUUGGAGUAAAAGUAGUUAUUUUGCUGGUUCUCUCACUGGUUAUCAUCAGGGCUUGGUGAGUAGAACUUUAUAUAAGAGUGCAACCCUGCAUUUGUUGAAUCUGCUGGACUUCUGAUAUACUACUCAUAUUACUAUUCUUUUCAUGAGUUGUGGAGAAUUGUGUUUACAAACUCUUGUCAUUUUUAUUGUUUAGGAGGAAGGGGAGUAAAUCUGCAGGAGAAAAAGAGGUAAGAACAACAGAACACUGUGUAUUCUAAUUAUUUAUGGUUAUUGGUUGAUAUAGUGUCCACUGCAUUUUGUGUUUCAGGAAGACAACUGUGAUUAUGAAAACAUCAGCACUGCUGCGAUGGAUGAUAAAGACAGGGGAACACAGCUGGAAAUUUCUGUUGAAGGACUCUAAAAAAGCAUCACAUCUCAGGUUUAUGUAGUUCAGACUCACCUUUCAAACCACAUAUUUAUUCAUCAUUUUAAAAGGAAAGGGGGUAUAAACAUUUGCUAUUCUUUACUCGUGUGAGUGUGCUAUACUCAUCUUGAUCACUGUUCUUAUGCUUGAAUGUUGUUGCCAAACAGAGUAGUUCAAUGUCAACUGUAUCCAUAAUCACUGUGGUCAGAUUGGGAAAUGCUGCCCCCCUCAGUUAAAAAUAAUGUACUACGUGUUCCAGAAAUUCUGCCCCCCUAGCUCAAAUUUCAGUAGAUUCAACCCUGGCCUCCAUAUUGUUUGAGGUAUAGUCGGUGUAAGGUGAAGUCUAUGUAUGUGAUGUAUGUAUUUAUGUAUAUAUGUAGGUGUAGUCUAUGUAUUAGCAGUAUAUAACAGAUCAGAUAACAACCUUAUAAUAUUCCCAAGUGAGUUUAAUUUUGGGUAAACUCAUCUGCAAGUAAAAAUAAAUUCAUUUUUAUCAAUGGUCCUUUUAUUUCUCAAUAAGGAGUUGACCCCUCUCCACCGAGGCUGCUGUCUUGCACUGCCAUGUUUCUGCAGUGGAAAGAUGGAUAAAUUAGUAAGAUCCAUAUGUGUGUUUGUAUUCAGCAGGUGAUCUUGUAAAGAUAUAUUGGUAGAUGCUGAUGGUAAAAACUGAGACAAAUAGAAGACCAUAUGCGUCAUAAAGGUUUUUGUCUAUAGCGGCCCACUAACAGGAAGUGAGUAAGGAAGCUUUGUGGUCUAAAGUCUGACAGUUAGCUUUCACCUAAUAUUCGUGUUUCUACAGACUGCACCUUUUAAGGUUUAGAGUUCAGCUUCUGUAAUGUUCAGUUUCCUGAAAACUUUGGUGGACAUGUUAGAAAUUGCUGUUUCAUGAUUGACCUUUUGAUGCAGAGAACUGUCAACACCUGUCAACACAUCUUUCAUCUUAAGAUGAUCUGACUGAAAUUUGAGUGUCACACAUUUGGUAACACAAGUAUCAUGUAACUGUUAAUUAAAGCCCCACAACAAAUCUCUUCAUUUCACCCAUAUUGAUGUAACUAUCCAAAGGCAGUGGGAAUGCAAUGAAGUAUAUCAGUUUAUUAAAGGGUUAAGUUGUGAGUUUUGAUUCCUCCUGAUAACAAGGGCUCUGGGAUUUAUACACUUUCACUUUGACAGAGAACAGUCACAUCCCAAAAGAUAUUUACAAACAUAAUUCAUGACUGUCAGGAUACGCUACCUCACUCAGGGGUAAACCUUCUACAGAGAAAACACUGGUAUUCACAAACUCUGUUAAUUUUACUUCUUGAUAUCUUUUUAGGUAUAUGUAGAAACAGUUACUUUAUGUUAUCUGACCCAUAAUUCUGACGGUGACUGUCCAAGCACAGCUAAUUAUCCGGACGUUGUUGUUUAAAUAUAUGAAGUAAUGUACUUUCUUGUGUACUUUAUCAAAAGUUAAAAUUUUGGUGAUAAUUUAUUUGUUAAUCCUGUUUUGACUUUUUCAAUGUUGAUUUAUUUUUCUGUGUUUAAAGGAUAUGAUAAUAGAUUUACGGAUUAAUAUGGAAUGUCUUUCUUUUAGUGCACAUGGUACAGACGUAACAAUUGACAUGUUAAAGGCGCCACAAUAAAUGUAAAUAAAGUCCUUUCUGUGAAA